UUAUUGGUUUUUAACGCGUUAUUGCGUGCCUAACUGUUCCUUUCAUUUCCUUAAAUAGUUGGUGUAAAAUUCGAACCAAUCUGGUCGGACUAUCUGUAACUACAAAACCCAGGAUCACACCACAAUAUUAGUCAAAAGAAGUCAAUAUUUGGCUAAGAUGCAAGGCUUUAGGAACGAUUUUCGAACUGAAGGGCUACUUUAUGAAGGAAAUAAUAGUUUUUUACGUUGCGGUCGUAAGCAGAACCGAAACGGACAAGUUAAUCUGGCUGGAUGGCUUCAGACCGCAUCUGACAAAGGUAUUGAAGCCGUGGAGAAGCUUGAGGCAGAGAACGUACGUUAUAACGAUUUAGCGUCUCUAACAAAGAAGGAUCUCGAAUUGAUUGGUUUCAAAAACGAGAAAGAAAAACAGGAGUUAUUGGAUAGUUUUGCGUAUUUACCUAAUCAGUAUCCCACCUACGACGGAAUUUGUCAACUAGAGGAAGCGCAAUCUUAUAAUCGCAAAAUUAUUAUGAAUGCUAGCGGCCACUUAGAGAUUUUGCGUGCCGGUUUAGCGUCUGCUAACUAUAAAUUACAGAUUUUGCCACCGGACGAUGUUAUUCUAGAUGAAAAGUCCUUUGCUAGCCGAUUUGUUCUGGAAGCUCUUAAUGAAUUAUAUGGCCUCACAGAUGUUAUAAACGGAGAGUUGGAAGAAUUGAAAGAAAUCAUCUCCUCGAAGUUUGAACAUCCAUCACAAAAUUCAUCUUCGAAUAGAAACUUACGAAAUGGAAUUUGGUUGCUAUUAAGCUCUCUAUCCAGUAUUGGUGCGUUUUUGGCUCUCUACUAUUGGAAAUUGAACUAAUUUGAGGAAGCGAAAUAUGUUUCCUUUUUACCUUGCAGUACAAAAUAUAUCAAUCUAAUAUCAAGCGAAUCUUUAAGUAAAAAAGUUGAUUUUAAGAAAAGUUUAACCUGAAAAAUUAAAUUUACUAUAAAAAUGUUUUACGCUAUACAACAAAGGAAAGUACGUUCUUUAGGUGUUUGCACACACAAGUCUUAACAAGCUAACUGUUACUUGGGCUGAUACAACAUUUAUUUCAUAAGUUAUUUGUACUAUAUGGUCAAUUAGGUUAGGGCAGAUUAAUGUAAGGCCCAAAUUUUAUUAUAAAUAUUUUUAUUAUAACAUAUAUAUUUCGAUAUCUUUCGAAGUAAAUGCAUUUACGCAUGUGAUGCCAUCAAUAUCGCUAACUGAAACUUGCAGCAUCUGCGAAAGUGUUAACUUUUGACAGAAAUCAACACAAGCGUACAGCAUGGUUGAAACUACAGCAGCAGUUGAAACUACAACAAGGCGUCGUAAGCAAGUAAGCUGUCGCAUGUAUAAAAAUCCAACCAAUAUGAAAUUUGCUGCCUUUAGAGAAUAAGCAGAACAACGGUAGAAAUAGCUAAGUAUGAUGUGUUAUAAAACGAGGAUGUUAAAGCUUUUGUGAUCGCAGCAGAAGAAUAUAAACAUUUUAGUACGAAAUUUUGAAUCGAUAGAAAAAUGUUUAUAUUAUCUGUAUAACUUCAAUUAAAAGUCAAAGAAUACAAUGAACCUUACUUUCUUAGUUAGCUUUUAUAUAUAACACAUCACCUAUGUGGCAUUUUUCCUUUACUUCCAUGCAAAAAUGUAUAUGUAAACGAAUAGAAUUUCUAGGUUUGUGUUGCCUUACUAUUCAACCAAAAAUUUAUUUUAUUAUCUUUUGUUAUUUUUUUAAAUUGAUUACACAAAAAUAAA